AUGAUAGACGAAGAGGAAAAUGACGAAAGUUUCUUGUCUUCCGGAGCUGAUCAACAAUCGACCUCACAUGCGAGUGCUGGAGCGGCAACACCUGAACCGCCUGACAAUGCUAUUCGUAUACUUCGCAAAUUUUUUGGACACAAAAGUUUUCGACCACUCCAAUGGUCGGUUAUCGAAAAUGCACUGAACGGCAUGGAUCAAGUGGUUGUUAUGUCCACA